AUGUCGAAUAUGCAAGAAAAGCCGGACGCCUGCAAAAAGGAAGUGGAGGGAGCCUUGGACCAUGCUACUACUACGGAUCUCCAUCGUGCUUCUGUUGGAUAUGGGGAGCAAUUGACGGACCCAUCAACGCCGACUACGAAUAAGUCCUUGCUGAGAAAGAUCGACUGGCGUCUGUUGCCAAUUAUGAUGAUUUCCUACAUGCUGCAAUUUCUUGACAAGCAAACUUUGUCCCAAGCCGCUAUUAUGGGCAUCAUAGAAGACCUGAAAUUGACUGGCACGGAGUACUCGUGGUCAGGGUCGAUUUUCUACUUCUCAUACCUUGCAUUUUCAUAUCCUGCCUCCAUGCUCAUGGUUCGAUUGCCGAUCGCGAAGUUUCUCGCCACGACACUCUUUCUUUGGGGUGCCGUCCUGGCAUGCCACGCUGCUACACAUAACUUUGCUGGACUUAUGGCUGCUCGCUUCGUUCUAGGUCUUACGGAGGCUGCCAUCUCUCCUGGUUUCAGCCUCAUCACGGGCAUGUGGUAUACCCGGUCGGAGCAGCCAUUUCGCCAUGGUUUGUGGUUCGCUGGGAAUUCCAUUGCGACAGCAUUUGGGGGCCUGGUCGCAUAUGGAGUCGCUCAUAUUGUUGGCUCCAUCCCCGCCUGGAAGUGGUUAUUUAUUAUCUAUGGACUGAUCACCGUCGUCUGGUCCAUUGUUUUCAUGCUAUUUAUGCCAGACACGCCAACAACCGCACGAUUUCUCACACAGCCCGAACGCACUGAGGCAGAAGAGCGAGUCAAAGUCAACCAGACAAGUAUCAAGCACGACAAGAUUCAGUGGUAUCAAGUCUGGGAGGCCUUGACAGACUACAAGAUUUACAUAUUGUUCUUGUUCCAGAUAGCCAACAACAUCCCAAAUGGAGGUUUGACCAUGUUCUCGGCAAUAGUAGUGAAAGGCUUCGGGUUCUCAACCUUACAGGUCUAUCUAUUGGCAAUACCAACGGGCGCUGUGCACGCCCUUUUUGCUCUCGGAAGUACCUACCUUGCUGGCCGGUUUCCAGAUACCCGUUGCAUGCUACUGGCUGGUUGCACACUGAUUGCUCUCAUUGGAAGUAUUAUAGUGUACGCUUGUGACGGCACAGGAGCCCGCCUAUUCGGUCUCUACCUUUUUGUUGCCUAUGCGGCGGGUAUUCCAAUGACCCUCUCCAUGGUCUCAUCCAAUGUUGCUGGCUUUACCAAAAAGGCGACCGUCAGUGCAAUGAUGUUCAUCGCCUACUGCACAGGAAAUAUUAUCGGUCCAUUCUUGUUUUUCGGGCGCGAGGCUCCAGUCUACAAGAGCGGUUUCGUCGCAGUUAUGGUCUGCCUUGCGGUAGCGACUCUCCUGAUCCUAGCACUAGGUCUAUCUUGGCGGUUGGAAAACUCACGCAGAGAUCAGGUAUAUGGGCCAGCGGGUCUUGUAGCAGUGGAGAGACCUAAGGAACCCGGCCAAGGGAUGUCUCUGGUGGAGGAGGAUCUAACUGAUGUUCAGAAUAAGGCAUUUAGAUAUGUCUACUAA